AUGAAUGGCGGCUUGGCGCAAGGUUCGGCAGCACAAAAUGUGCUGGAGUGGAGAGUUAAGAAAGCCAAACUAGCCUUGGCCUUUGCUGUAAUUAAAAGUAGGCCUCCAGGGAAAAGUGGUCGGCUGCAGGCUGAAGAUUUAGCCGUCAAACUCAGGAGCCAGGAUGAGGCUUUGAGAACCAAAGCCCAAGGGCUGCAAGAGGAAGUGCUGCGACUGCGGCAAGAACUACUUCUCACCAAGUUGCUUUCCAACCAAAGCAAGCCACAGAAUGAAGCUGGAGAUAGCUGCACGGAGGUAUUCUCUCAGGACCUUAUGGGCUCAUUCAACGACCAGCCCAACACAGACAUGGACUCUGGCUGUGGGACGGAGAACAGUACAGAGGCUCUACUGUCCACUGGAAGCUGCACCGACACCAGCGUACCACAGUCCUUACAGCCAGCUGUGUCAGGCCCUCAGCUCCCCUCCGUCUCCCCCUCUGAGGGCUGCCCACAGGGGAAGGCUCUACUCCUUCACAUGCACUUCCUCCAGAGUGUGUGUGCCCUCCGGAGAGUGGGCUGUGAGGGCGGUGUCCAUGCUGCAGAGCUCAGUGCCAGUGACAGUUCGGUGGUAGGAGAUUCUGUGUGCCAGCUGCUCUCCAGUGUUGUUGGCAUCUGCCGGGACUCCCUGCCCCCGCUUCCUCUCCUCCGGCAGGCAGCUUGCGUGGCAGCCCAGGCAGUGGAGUACUGGGGCCCCCUGGGAAGGCCCCCAGAGCCCAUCGUCAUACAGGGGGAGGACACCCUUAAAGAGCUCCUUGGUGUGUUACUGCACAACGAUCAACUCAACAGGUGCCAUGUGUUGACAUGCUCCUGUGUUGUGUACUUCACAGUGCCCUGUGUUGACAUGCUCCUGUGUUGUAGCCAGGUCCAGGAGACACUGACGAGCUGUCUGAUCCUCCUGGGAGGUAGCAGUCUGUUGAAGUCCUUACUCAUCCGUCAUGUCCUAUCUGAGAUCGACCGCGUGGCAGACCACCUCUGGCACACCUGCCAGGGAGAGAGUAAUGGGCCUGAGCUGUUUGAUGUGGCCCUGUAUGAGAACUCCUUCUACCUGUUCUGGAUCCUGGAGCAGCUGCUGCAGGGGGGGGCCGGUACCCGGGGGGGCCCAGGGGGCCAAGGGGAGCAGCCAGCUCUGGACCCCAGAACAGAAGACCGUGUGGGGGCACCUGGAGAACCGUGUCCUGCUUCUCUCCGAUGA